AUGGUCUAUUUCUAUUUCAAUGCAGCUAGCACCUCUUGCAAGAUGGCUUCUGGAGUCUUGUCUGUCGUUUCCACAGCCAAAGCCGAGCCUCCGUUCGCUAUCAACUCUUCGCCUUGUGGAAUCUCCAUGAUGUCAUACUGCGAUUUCACCAUGUCUACCUUCAUGAAGUGGUUUUUCCUGUUGGCCACACGCUCCAUCAACUGCUCGAACGUCGACUUCAAAAACACAAACUUGAACGUCACCUCGGGCAAUCCACAUUCGACAAUGUACUCUCGAUACACUUUUUUGAGGAUCGAACAAGAGGCAACUACAGUGUGUGUAGCAUUCUCUUUCGACACGGCUUCUUUGGAGCAAAUCUCACUGAGCUCUUUCAACCAGCCCCAUCUAUCUUCGUCCGUCAAAGGUUCACCGCGGGCCAUUUUGUCCACAUUAGCCUGUGGAUGCAAAGUGUCACCUUCAACGAAGGUACAUCCUUUGCUUUCGGCUAGUAGGGACGCAAUUGUUGUUUUUCCGGUGCCUGCUGGGCCUCCAACAAUAAGAACUGUGGCCAUCGCUAAAAAAAGUAAGAAAAAAUGUCAAUGUGGGGUUUGGCCAAACUUAUACUCUUGA